AUGAUGAUACUCUUUAGAGAAGAAGAUCUGAAGCUAAUCAAGACCCAGGCUGUGCUACAAAACUUUGAAAAUCAUGACGGUUUCCUUUUGAAGGCCUACGUCAUCGGUGAUUAUUUUCAUCUUGUGCUACGACCAUCUAUUAAGAAUCUGUCCAAAGAUCACGACCCAAUUAUUUUUAAUUCACAUCACGUUUCGAAAGAAUCUUCCCAUUCCGAACUUAACAAUGAUGGGGGCAUUCCCCAAAUUGAGGACAUAUGUGUCGAGGAGGAUUUGAUCAAGCGAACAAUCGACGCUCUCCGCACUCACCUGGACCUCGAGCUUUUUGGUGUCGAUUUUCUCAUCCUCCCUCCUUCCGGGCAUGAGCACCGCCUAGCCGUCAUUGACGUAAACAUCUUCCCAGACUACAACUGCGUCCCUGGUUUCUUCUUCCACCUGGAGAACUUGGUGCGGACAAAGUUGGAUUUGCCGAAGUUGACUUCCUCUUCCAUUUUUACAUGCCGUCAGGAAUGA